AUGCCCCUCCCCUUAAGGGUGGAAGAGGCACCAUCCGUGACCCCUUCGUUGAGUGAUGUUUGCCGCACGGUGAGGGGCCGCCACCCUCAAAUCGGUGAGCGGCCUAGAGGGGAGGGCUCGUUGUCUCCUCAUGUGGGGAACCUCAGCUUCCUCCGUACGCUUUCUCUUGGUAACAACAGCUUUCAUGGAGCCAUUCCUCAAGAAGUUGGUCGUCUUUCUAGGCUACGUUAUCUGUAUCUGUACGUAAACAAAUUCAACAAGGUCAUUCCAACUAACAUAUCUGGUUGUUUUAACCUUGAAGAGAUUGGUCUUUCCAAUAACGAGCUAGUUGGAAGCAUACCCAAGGAGAUCAGUUCCCUCACCAAACUUAAUUUUCUUUCACUUUUUAAUAAUAAGCUUACAGGUGGAAUCCCAACCAUCUUGGGAAAUAUUACAUCAUUGGAAUUGUUUUCUGUUAGAGGAAAUCCCUUGGGUGGGAGCUUCCCAAACAUCUUAAGCCAGUGGAAGAAUUUAAGAGAGUUUUACGCUAGAGGUUGUAACUUAACCGGAACCAUCCCUCAUGAAAUCGGUCAUCUCUCCAGGUUGACGGUCCUCAGUCUUGCAAUUAACAAGUUCUGUUGGGUAAUUCCAACUAACUUAUCCGGUUGUUCAAACCUUGAAGAGCUUUAUCUUUCCCAUAACGAGCUAGUUGGAAACAUACCAAAAGAGAUCAGUUUCCUCUCCAAGCUUACUUAUUUUUCACUUGAAAAUAAUAACCUAACAGGUGGAAUCCCGCCACACUUAGGGAAUAUUACUUCAAUGGAAAUGUUCUCUUUAAAAGGAAAUCCGUUGUUGGGUGGGACCAUUCCAGACACCUUAGGCCUCAUGGAAAGUUUAAAAGAAAUUGACUUUGGUGGUUGUAAUUUAUAUGGAACCAUCCCUAAUUCUCUUUAUAACCUUUCACUCCUAGUUGAUAUUAGCUUGGCUGAUAAUCAAUUGACAGGUGGUCUAUAUUCGGCCAUAGGUGCAACGCUUCCUAAUCUUGUUUCGUUUCAAUUAUGGGGUAACAAACUAAGUGGACCACUUCCGGCAUCCAUUUCAAAUUGUACGAGUUUAAAACUUCUUGAACUCGCUAAAAACAAGUUUAGUGGACACUUGACAGUUGACUUUUCAAAUCUAACGAAUAUGUAUAUUAUAAACAUUGGUGGAAACCUCUUUGGAAGCAAAGAAGCAGAUGAAAUAAGUUUAUUGAUUCUUUGA